AUGUCGACUGCUGCCGAUCAUCAACCCUCCAGGCCUUCGCCUGCCGAUCCUCCUGCCAUCAUUGUUCCCGAGGACUCCGACGCCGACAUGAUGGAGGGCAGUGGCGAUUACUAUGCCGCUGACACAGAGAGCUAUGCCACCUCGCUGAGCUCCAGUGUCUUCAACUUCAACUUCGUCAACGGCCGACGGUUCCACUCCUACCAGGAAGGACGGUACAAGUUCCCCAACGAUGAGCGGGAACAGGGGCGCUUGAACACGCUGCAUCACAUCUUCAAGCUUCUGAUGGGAGGCAAACUGUUCCUCGCCCCCAUUGACACGGAAAAGCCGCUUCGUGUUCUCGAUAUCGGCACAGGCACGGGAAUGUGGGCCAUCGAAGUCGGCGAUGCGUUCCCGAGACUCCAGUGGAUUGUUGGAAACGACCUGAGCCCCAUUCAGCCCACCACAGUCCCGCCCAAUGUCUGUUUUGAAGUCGACGAUGUCGAAGUCUCGUGGCCUCCUCGGAAACCCUUCGACUUCAUCCAUGCCCGCUACAUGGGUGGCUCAAUUGGCGACUGGCCCGGCCUUUUUAAGCAGGCUUACGAACAAUUGGCUCCCGGCGGCUGGAUUGAAUUCCAGGAGUUUUCCCACAUCCCCGGCUACAGCCAAGACAACAGUGUGCCUGCGGACAACAGUGUGGGCCGCCUAUACGACCUGAUCGAGGAAGGCUGUAACCUCAUGGGUCGUCCCGCGACUAUUGGCGACAAGCUGCCGCUCUUCGCCGCUGAUGCCGGAUUCAUCAAUAUCCAGCACCAAGUCUUCCCCAUCCCCAUGGGCGCUUGGCCCAAGGAUCCACACAUGAAAGAGAUCGGCGCGAUGAACAUGCUCGCCCUCCUGGACGGACUGGAGGCUUUCAGCAUCAUUCUCUUCACCCAGGUUCUGGGCUGGCGGCCCGAGGAGGUGACCGUGUUCUUGGCCAAGGUGCGCCAGGACACGAUGAAGAAGGGCGUUCAUUUGCUGAGUAACUUCAAUGUUAUGUACGCCCAGAAGCCGCUGGAUGAGACGCCGGAAGAGACCAAGGCGGAGGAUGCGACUGCAGAGGGCGAGAGGGAAGAAGGUGACAAGCCUGAAUAGGUGGAGACCGAGGAAGUGAAGCAUGAU